AUGAAUCAAAAUGUUACUACAAACACAUCCGUUUUGCUACAAAACGAAAAUGAUCUAAUGAUUGAAUCAUCACAAUGCUCAUUUAUUAACGAAGAAUCUUUUAUCAAACUCCAAGCUGAAGAAUCUUCUAUUGAACUCCAAGAUUAUUCUCCACCAGGUUUUGAUUUUCCUGACAGUUUUGAUGAUCUACAAAAUAUCGACAAAGAAUGGAUCAUUAUAUUCAUUUUAAGAUUCCAAACCAGAUUUUGCUUAUCAGAUACAGUAACUGACAUAUUAAUCAAGUUUGUUAAACAUGUUUUAAUAGAACUGGAUCAUAAUGAUCAGUUUAAAGACUUUCCAACUUCUUUAUAUACUACAAGAAAGAAAUUGGGAUUAAAACAUCAAUUCAUCAUGUUUUCAGUGUGUCCUUCAUGUCAUAAGUUGUAUAAUGUAAAUGAUGUUGAACAAUACACAAUUUAA